ACAAUUUCCAGCUCGUUGCGUUUUUUAAUUCAAGUGAAUAAGAUAACCAAAACACUCACCACGCUUCAAGUCCGCUUGCCGAGCGGUCACGUGUUGAUGACGUCAUCGCGGAUGGACGAGCAAUCCGGAACAUAAACACGACUUCUGCACGUGUCGACGCCAUUUGACAAGAUGGGCAAAAACAAACCAAAGGGGAAACAGACGUGUGUCUUCCAAGUGGCCACCAAGCACCUAAAAGCCAAAAACAAAGCAAAACCUGUGAGGACGACACUCAAACACAUCAAAGCGGUGAAGAACGAGACGGUGGAGAACCUCAAUCAGAUCUUCUCAGAAAUCCAGAGGGAUGUGGCCAGCGUUUCCAAAAGUGUGGCGCCAGAACCCAAGAAACAAACACAGGUCGUCAAAGAACCGCCGAAGGAACCUGUGAACGUCGACAGUGCUGCUCAGCUCUUCUCUCAGCUGUGAUCGAUGUAACAAACAAUGCAUGAUAUAUUGCAGAAUUGUUUUUGCAUAUUUAUUGAUGAUAUAUGGUUUUAUAUACAAACAUAUUUGUUGUGUUGGUAAAAUACUACAUAAGAGAAGAUCAUUCCCAAUGUGCAGUGAAAUUUACUGCCGUAACCACGCUAAAAACGCAAGGAAAAGCACAUUCUGGGAAAAAGCAGGACCCUACUAGUCGAAUAGUUUUCAAAUACAUCAAAGAUGCUAUUAUAAUCCAUUUCUAAUGGAUACAGCUUUGGCCUGGACAAGAAGUCAUCAGGUGGUCCCCAACGUUCACCAAGUGUUUCGACUCUUAACCACAACACUCUCCGGUUGGUGGGUCAGCAGUGAUUGGCCAGAUCACUGCUCCUCUCAUCCAGGCUUCCAGCUAUUGUCCGUUCUUUUACGCCAGAGCCAACAGGAGGCUCUCUCUGCCGCUUCUCCCAGCCUACGAACGGCUGUUUUCCUUAAGUGACCUCUCAAUCCGACCUUUGUCAUCAGAUUCCACACAGAUCCUCGACAACCAACUUCCACUGCCAUGUCGUCCACCCCUUGUCCCGGCAGUCCUGGACAAGUUGUUGGUACUUUGUUUUCUUCCUGUCUGCCGCUUCCUCACAUCCCUCCUUCCACGGGACAGUAAGUUCCACCAGGAUGAUUUUCUUUCCCUCUGGGGACCACAUAACUAUGUCUGGUCUCAGAGUGGUGGACAGUACCGCCUCUGGGAAGAGGAGCUUCCUCCCCAGGUCGACCUCCAUCUCCAAUCCCUGGGCCAACUGCAGGAGAUUUUGGUUGGUUUGGCCUUGGAUAACUGGUCUAUGACCCUCUUUCACAAAGGUGAUUGUGCUCAGCAAUGGCUUAGUUUUGGCUAAAAUAAAAAGUAUCUUAAUUUUUGUGAUAGCGACGUCUAUCGCGUUCUAUAGUCACCUGUACAGUUUUUGCAUUGACAAGGUUCCCUUUCAACUGGAUUGGCUUGUCAAGAACAGUAAAUAAUAAUUUCUUGUCUUACCACUUUGAAGAAACAUAAUGUUGCUUGUCUAUAAUAAAUUAAAAGUUAUUUGGGAAUUCUA